UUUCAUGAAGCCUCGCUUUGCCUACCACUACACGUCUUAAUGUCACAACAACAGAUAAUAACAGAUAAGAAGUGUGUGUGUGUGUUUUGUGUAUAUGGUCCACCUGAUCAGUUCCUGAGCAGCUCCCAGCCGUGUUUGUAUGUGUAAUCAACCGAAUGAGGAACAGGCGUGUGUGAGCGGUGCAUGACUGGACAUGUAGUUCUUUAGUGAUCUGCACAGGCUGGGUCGCUGACCGUAAUAUAAAGGCUGUAAAAUCUUUGUAAUAGACAGCACAUUUUAGCAGUUUAACCACAUCGUAAAUAUGCCACCGUAUAUUGACACUGUACUGUAGUCAGGCUAGGACCAGGGCCGGCGCAUCCAUAGAGGCGACUUAGGUGGCUGCCUAGGGCGGCAGUAUAGAGAGGGCGGCGUCCGCGACACCUCGCUUACCACCCGCAUCCUCGGUUAUGUCCGCGACACCUCCCUCACCACCCGCGUCCUCGGUUAUAUUUGCGCAUAGACACAAGAAUAGAGAGGGCGGCGUCAGCGACACCUCCAUCAGCACCCGCGUGUCCUCAGUUAUAUCCGCGCAUAGGACGGCAGAAUAGAGGUCCACGACACCUGCGCAUGCUCGGUUAUAUCUGCGCAUACGGCGGCAGAAUAGAGAGCGCGGUGUCCGCGACACCUCCCUCCCUCAGCACCCGCGCGUCCUCAGUUAUAUCCGCUCAUAGGGCGGCAGAAUAGAGGUCUGCGACACCUCACUUCAUUUUCAUAACCGGUCACUUUCGUUUUUACAUUGGGGUUGAGGGCGGCGUGAUCGUCCUCUGCCUAGAGCGGCAGUUCAGCUUGCUCCAGCCCUGGCUAGGACAAAGUAAAACACACUUCAGGCAUUUAUAAAGAGUAUGUUUAUGCUGAAUAAAUAAAAGAAAAUAAUACAAAAAUGAAAGCAGGGACAAACCUAUAGUGAAAACAACACACUUUAGUGAAUGAAUAAACAAUGAAACACUUAACAGAAACAGGAGUGAAUGAUAUGAUGUGGUAUUUCCUUUAUUCUGAGUAAAACUGCUCAUUUGUAAUACUAAUUCAACUUUCCUCUUUUGUCAGAUGGGUUCAGGUAGUUCCUCGUGUCUUUAGCAAAAUUCAGCAUUAGUUCAAUUAGCAUAAUUACACAAAUAAAGUCAACUGAACAGCUCCAGAUUACAAUGGGUUUACUUACAUUAUCUUUGUGAAGUCAACUUGUUGGUACAGUGUGGUGAAUCAUUUAAAUUAAUUAAAAUGUGAAAUUCAGAGAACUUAAAAGAUUAAUUAAAGGUUUUUGCUGCCUAAUGAGUAAGUUAAACACUUCUGUUUUGAUGCCAAAACUUGAUUUUUUAAGUAAUGUCAAUUAUAUUAACUUAAUUUCUUUAGUAAUGACAACAGCGGGGUUUAGCCUACAGUGUGGAGUGAGCCGGAUACAAAACACAUGGAGUGUGGAGCAGUAGAAACUCUUGCUGCUUCACUCCGCUCACUAUUUACUAUAGUAUUAGUUUAUGUGUGGUGUCUGCUGUCAAUUAAACUGGUUUUGUUUGUCCUAUGAUGAGUUGAACUAAAACAAGAAGUUGUAUUAAAUGUUUUUGUUCGUGGUUCUUUAUUUAUUUGUUUAUUUAUGUAUUUAUUGUCUGCUUAACAUUGAUUCUGAAAUGAUUAAUUUACUGAAGCUGAUUUCCUCCUGGAGCCCGGUGACCGCUGUAAGUCGCUGUUGCUGUGAUUGUCCUCUAGAUGGCAGUAGUACACAGCACACUGAUAGCGGAGGCGCUGGAGGAAAAGCUCAGAACAAGCAACAUUAAACUCGUGUUGAAGAUGAGAAGAAACAAAGAGGCUACACUUCAGCUUUUAUCAACUCUUGAGAGAUUAUUUAGCGAACACGACACAACUCCUGCCUUUCUUCAUUAUAUCCUGGCUCUUGACUGUCAAUUCCUCUGUGAAAGCGAUCAGGAAUAGCGGACUUUUACCGUGUUCAUAUGUAAACAGACCUGAUGGAGGACACACACCGUCACGAGAAAAUAAGUCAAAAAACUGACUCACUAAAGAGAAAAGACAAAGAACGUGUCACCUGCACUCAGUGUGGAAAGAGUCUAACAAACAAACAGAGUCUCGGGAAACACAUGAGGAUCCACACUGGAGAGAAACCAUUCACAUGCACUCAGUGUGGGAAGAGUUUCAGAGCAUCAUCAACCCUUAAUAAUCACAUGCUGAUCCACACUGGAGAGAAAACACACAAGUGUGAUCAGUGUGGCAAAACAUUUUUGAGGGAUUCAGAGCUGAAGAACCACCUUAGUGUUCAUACAAAGGAGAAGCUUUAUCCGUGUUCUGUGUGUGAAAAGAGUUUCAGACAUCAACGUAGUUUAAGAAAUCAUCAGAAGAUCCACACCGGUGUGGGAGAGUACAAGUGCUUUGAGUGUGAGAAAACCUUUUGUACAGCUGAAAGUUUGAAAAUACAUAAGAGAAUUCACACUGGAGAGAAGCCUUACAUUUGUUCACUGUGCAAUAAGAGAUUCAGUCAGCUUGCACAUAUGAAAACACAUGCGAGGAUUCACACUGGAGAGAAACCUUACAAGUGUUCAUACUGUGAGAAGAGAUUCAGGCGUUUAGGACAACUGAGACAACAUGAGAGGACUCACACUGGAGAGAAACCUUACAAGUGUUCACACUGCGACAAGAGAUUCAGUGAUGGAGGAAAUCUGAGACAACAUGUCAGGAUUCACACUGGAGAGAAACCUUACAAGUGUUCACACUGUGAUAAGAGAUUCAGUGAUUCAGGACUUCUGAGACAACAUGAGAGGGUUCACACUGGAGAGAAACCCUACAUUUGUUCAUACUGCGACAAGAGAUUCAGUGGUGGAGGAAAUCUGAGACAACAUGUGAGGAUUCACACUGGAGAGAAACCUUACAAGUGUUCAUACUGCGACAAGAGAUUCAGACAGUUAGGAGGCCUGAAAAUACAUGAGAGGAUUCACACCAGAGAGAAAGUGGCGAGAGCGUCAAAGUAGCCGGAAGUCAUUCAUUUUCAAUGAGAGUCGGCGCCGAUAAGCAAUGAGGAGCAGCGCGGCGCGUCUUGGCUGGUGUGGGCGUCAUUGGCAGUGCUGCUGCUUCAGGAUAUUUCAGACAUAUAGACACACAGUGGAUGAGUGGAGCAAAGCCAGACCACAAGCAACUUGAUCUUCCAUAGUAAAAUGAGUUUGAGAAUAAGAGCUGAAGGCAGACCGCGUUGUCACCAGGGUGGUCCACAGUAUUUUUUUUAAAGGUUUGAUUGUAUUUAAGGGCUGCAAAACAAUGUGUGUUCGUGAUUCAUCUGUAAAAAAUCAUGUGAUUUGUUAACAUAUAUUACCUUAAUUUUAUACAGCUACUGAGCAGAAAACGACCAUCAUAUUUCCUGGUUCCAUCUAUAAGGCCCGCUCACAACGGGCUCUGAUUAGUCAGCUAACCUAAGUGGUUUAUCUAAAUCUAAAUCAGCACUAUAGUUGAGCUCUUAACCAGCAGCAAAUCUCUAUAAAGCAAUUUAUAAUCUGUCUUCAGCUCUAAAUGAGGGGGGUUGGGGUUCUCGAGACCCACCUAAGCUCAAACUGCGUUCUCGCCCUGCAAACGGGAGGGAGCCCUGUGCUCGAGGAUCUUAUGAGCUCAGUGUUCUCUCCUGGGACAGCAUGCCAAAGAUGCUUUAUAAUCAGUCAUCAGCUAAAUGUGAACUCUUGAAUGUGUUGUGAUUGGCGGGUCGGCUCCACAUCACCAGGAAACGUCAUGCCUCUCCUGCAUGCUGUCUGUAAAUAAUGUCAGUGAAGACGUAUCAGUUUGAGUCAGACACAGAAAUGAAGAGGACACUGCUGAAGCCAUGCAAACACGACUCUUGCAAGAUGUUUCUGAAUGGUGUUUUUGUUUUGUUCAUUGGUAUGAGGAGGAAUGUGGUCAAGCCAUCAGCAUUUGAUAGAAAUAGUUAAAGCAGAUCAAACAGACAGAGUAACUCUUUCUAAAUUACAGAUUUGCUCAAUUAUUUGUCCUAGCCCACUCAGUACAGUGUAUUUACUAUUGCAUGCAGUUUUAUAUAAUGUGGUUUAACCUUGUGAGCGACAGUAGGAAACAAAUUAAAGAAACAUUCAAAUA